GGGAUUCGAGUCCGGGCCUUUCGGCACGGCAGUCAGUGUCCGUAACCACUAUCCCUUCCAAUAUUUAAAUACUUGAAUUGGAGCCACAUCUUUUUUUUUUUCAACAAGACCGACAUCAAUAAAUUUCUUACAUGGUGGCAUCAAAACAAACGUUGUGAUUUAAUGCGUGAAGUACGUAGGAUGCUUUUCAGACUUUGUGGCAGAAAGUAAAUCAGAUUUUGAAAAUGUCUGCUUUUAUACCAAAAGUUAGCUCAGUUUCUAGUCGAAUUAUACGAGUUUUGGGAUGCAAUCCAAGUCCUAUGACUCUACAAGGUACAAAUACGUAUAUAAUCGGCACUGGACAUAAGAGAGUGCUUUUAGAUACUGGCAAUCCUAAUGUACCCGAGUAUGUCAGCUUGGUAAAAGAAGUUUUGAGUCAGCAUAAUUGCUCCUUACAGAAUAUAAUUGUCAGUCAUUGGCAUUUGGAUCAUAUUGGUGGGGUACCAGAUUUAUUGAAAGAACUGGAUCUUGAUUGUGAAGUUUCUAAACUUCCAAGACCUUUUGGCAUGCCUCAUUCACCAGUUGUUCCUGAUAUAAAAUAUAAUUACCUUAAAGAGGGUGAUAAAAUUUUAACUGAAGGAGCUACAUUAAGCGUAAUUGCAGCUCCUGGUCAUACUGAUGAUCAUCUUAUUUUGUACUUAGAAGAAGAAAACAGUCUAUUUAGUGGAGAUUGUAUAUUAGGAGAAGGCACAGCAGUAUUUGAAGAUUUGCAUGAUUAUAUUCAAACUUUAGAAAAAAUUCUGAAGCUUGAGCCUGAACGAAUUUAUCCAGGGCAUGGACCAGUUAUUCACAACCCAAAAAGCAAAAUUGUUGAAUAUAUCCAGCAUAGAUUAGAGAGAGAAAAACAGAUCUUGAGUGCUCUAGAACAAGUACAACCUGAAGGUUUAACUGCUGAGGAGCUAGUGAAGAUCAUAUAUAUUGAUACUCCAGAGCACUUGCAUAAAGCUGCAGAAACAAAUGUAUGUCAUCAUCUGGACAAACUAAAAAAGGGAAUGCUUAUACGUGUAGAAGCAGAUACUGAAAGAGGUACAUCUACCUAUUUUCUGUUAUAAUAUGUAUCUUCUAUUAUAUAUUCAUAUUUCUGUUAUGUUGUUCAAACUAAUAUCUGAAUUAUAAAUAUAGAAGUUUGUAAUAAACAGCAUAAGCUAGU